UCGUGGUACUCGCGGUCUCCCACAAGUACCUGCAGCGCCACCACAGUAACCGCUUGCGAAGCCAGACUCCCCCCCCCCCCCUGCUAGGCGGCGGGGAGGGGCGGCGGCGGCGGCGGCGGCCGGGGAAAACAGCGCGCGACGGGCCGCACUCCCGCCGACGCACAGCGGAGGAAGGCAGCGCGAUGGCUCCUCGACCGGCAGGGCUGCUGCUGCUGCUGCUGCUGCCGCUGCUGCUGGAGACGGCCGCGCAGCCCGAGGACAUGGCCUCCAUGCUGCAGCUGUACAGCCCCUCGCGCCUCGCCGCGUUGCUGCCCGCGCUCAACCUGUCCCGGCCGUGCGCCGCGCACUACGGCGUCUUCCUGGACCGGCUGGGCGACCAGACCGCGUGGGCCCUGAAGAUGGACGACGCAACCGGCCGCUACUCCUCGGGGCUGUUCUUCGGCAACACCUACUGGCUGGGCUCUGCAUCGCAGUGCUGGAGCAUCGGGGAGCACAACUCCUCAGGCGACGACCUCCCGCCGUUCCCACUCGGCUUCUACAAGCUGCGGUUCGAGGUGUCGCUGGCCAGCAACAUCUCUUUGCGAGGACGCACGAUGUACGCGGGGCUGUGCCUGCCGUUGUCCUGCACGGCCGCAGACGCCCGCCAGCUGUUCCGCUCCUCGGCGCACCUCGCCGGCUCCCUGGUGACCGCACAUGUGACAGGCGUGCGCUCGCCUCACCACGCAUACCAACCCUGGCACGACUCCACCUUCUGGAUACUCGUUGGUGUUACAGUCUUCAUGGCAGCAAUGAUCGCAGCAGGCACUGGUUACGACCUUUACUUGGAACGUAAAGCUUCACAUUUGUUUGCCGACAAUAUAACUUUUGAGGCUCCCCGACAAAAACAGAGAAGUAUGAAAAAACCUCAAAUAAUGGAUCCUUCGACAAACUGCACUUCUACUAACAACAAUAUCAGCAAUGGGAAGGCACUGAACAGCAUCUCUAUCUACGGAUGUAACGUAUACGUAGAGCCUGCUAAUGUGGAAACGACGAGGAAAGCACAGGAGAUGAGUAUUAUUUCCGAAGCAAUGCUGUCUUUCUCCGUAAGAAGGAACCUGAAGAUCAUAUGCGACAAAAAUGUUGGGGAGGACACCAUUCCCACUAUUCAUGGUCUGAGAACCAUCAGCAUGGGCUGGGUCAUCCUAGGUCACACAUGCAUUGUUGCUUUCAAGUAUUCAGAUAAUAUGGAGUACCGGGGAUUAGCCGAAAAAGAACUGCUUUUCCAAACAAUAAGCAAUGGUGCAUUUUCUGUGGACACCUUCUUCUUCAUAAGUGGUCUCCUGGUGUCGUUCCUGUACUUCCGCACCAUCGCCAAGAUAGACGUCACGAAGCUCACCAAGUCCACUGGGGCGGUGUCCAGCGUCCUGCAGUUUCUUGGUCUGCUAGGCUACAGGUUCCUCAGGUUGACGGUGCCAUACAUGUUUGUGCUGGGAGUAGUGGAAGUAUGUAUGAAGUGGUUCUACUAUAAUUCCGUUUUUGAUCCACCCACGAUGGAUCACAUCAACUGCCCAAAAUACUGGUGGAGAAAUGCACUGUACAUAAACACACUCUUUCCAAAUGAAGAAAUGUGUAUGCUGUGGAGCUGGUACCUAGCCAAUGAUACCCAGUUCUUUAUUAUAGGGAUAUUCAUCUUAAUACUGGCUGCAAGUCAUUUCCGCCUGGCUGCGCUCACGCUGGUGACGUUCCUGCUGAGCUCCUGGUGCACCACGGGCCUCAUCGCCUACAGCAACAAGCACAUCCCGAGCACAGAUGACCCACUUGCCCUGUUUGAUAUAAUAUACGACAAACCAUGGACCCGCCUGGGCCCUUACUUGAUCGGCAUGGCCACUGGAUGGCUGCUCUUCAAGACCAACUGCACCAUCCGCAUGAACAAGGUGGUCACCACGGCCGGAUGGCUGCUCUCGACGGCACUGUUCCUGUUGCUGGUAUACGGGCUGUACGGCGCCCACAUCAACCCCAUCACCGGUGCAGCCUACUCCUCGCUGAGCCACUCUGCCUGGGCGCUCGGUCUGGCCUGGAUCGUCGUGGCAUGCUCCACUGGAUACGGCGGUUACGUGAAUAAACUUCUCUCGUUGAAAAUCUUGUAUCCAUUCAGCAGAGUAACAUACUGUGCCUACUUGGUCCACCCUAUGGUCAUACGAGUAAUGGCAAUGACAUCAGACAGCCCUUUACAUCUCAGCAAGGAAGUGGUCUUCAUUAUUUUCCUGGGACAAACAGCUGCAUCCUAUAUAUUUUCAUUUGUGGUCUCCUUGAUGUUUGAGGCUCCUGUAGUCUCGCUCCUGAAGCUGAUAUCGCCAAAAAGGAGGAAGACAGUAAAUGCUACAACCACAAGCCAUCCAAGAUAGCAGAUGAAACAAACAUAAACUAUGUAAAUAAAAUUUCCCAACAGAAUUAACUAGUCUCUAGUAUUGGCCACAGUGCACAGAUGUUGACAAAAGACCACUGUAAGGAUUUAAGUGAUUUUUCUGUGAGAAUCAGAUACAGGGACAAUUACACCUGGAUUGUUUUAUUUGCCGUGAAAUAAUAUAGCAUGGCAAAUUUUCACAGACGAUAUGUUUUCACAUCUGAAUAAAACAGCUGGUUUAUUAGCUAUCAGACAUUUUGCAUGUAAAAAAUGGCUCUGAGCUAAAAAUAUUUUUUUGUACUCAUUUACCCUGACUGUUACAUCGGGAGUCAAAUAAAAACCUACUUCUCAGUUUGCUCGAGAGCAAAAACUUCCACUGCUAGCUCCAGCCGGCAACUUAUUAUUUCAUUAAUCCCUUGCCAUAAGUUGACUUUUACUGGCGUGCUUUUGAAUGCAUGAUUUUGUAAGACCUCGGGCAAGGGCUCGCCUCUCACUCAGUCACAACAAAAUGUACCAUUCAAAAAUUAUACAAAUAAUUCUUUAGAUUGCGAUUACCAACAAAAUAUAGAAUAAUUAAAAGGUACUGUGUAAAAAGCUUUACUGUGACCUUAAUAAGGCAUUCUGCAGGAGAGUACUAGGCCUGUGCAAAUACUAGUUUUUUGAUGUGAAGCGAUUAUCAAAUUGAAUGUUUAAAAUAUUAGCUAAGUCGAAUUGAAUUGCGGAUAUUGUUCUCAGCGAAUCUGUAUUACACUUAUUUUACAAAAUACAAGAUUGAAGUAAAAAAAAUAAUAGUUUACAGUUUUUAAUUUUUGAACUGAUUAAAUAAUUAGGGGUGUUCGAAGUUUAGUUUUCUAGGGUUGAAGUCGAAGUUGAAUCCUGAAUCUUCAAACUUCCGAAGUUUCUAGUCAAAGUCAUAACUUUUCAACAGAAUAAUUGCAAAAUUUUCAUCUGUACUUUAUUUAAAAACAAAAAAUUUUAACAAACAUCUCUACGUUAGUAACUCAUUGGUUCAGUAAAAAUGUAACUGGAUUAUUUUGAUUCAAAUGUUAACAGUAUUUACAAGAAAUCAAGACACAAGAGUUUGAAAUUACUAACUGGAAGGUGCUGAUUAUUUACAGUUUAACUUAAGAUGUAGGCCUACUUCUGGAGUUAUCCCUGGCAUAUCAAAAAUUUCUUACUGAUUUUACUACCAGUAAAGUAAAAUAUUAAAGAACUGUUUUGAAAUCAAUUUUACAAAUUUACUAAAAAAAAAGGUGAGGUGGGAAAGAAGUUAUGAGUUCAGAUAAUAUGCACAACACUGCAAAUAAGUUGAUAGGUACCUAAUUAUAAUAGUACACAUUAAUAUUAAAUUAUUUUGAAGGUUAAACAUAUAACUCACAUGAGGGUGUUUUCAGAACCUUUCUGCAAGUUUUUUUUAUUUUCAUUCCUGUCAAAGAAUAAAUAUAUUACAUUUGCCAGCAUACUAUGAGACUGUUUGCUUGUGCUAGGGAUAGGUUCAUCUUACUUACUGAUACCACAUCCAUUAUAUAUAGUUAUUCACAUGAACAUAAUCACAAUAAUACUGCAGAAUGUAUGGAUUGAUAUUUUACAUACCAGAUGCAAAACUAUCAAUGCUGAGUCUUGUGUACUAUCGACAUACGGGAAAAAAACCUUCUACCAUCCCGUGAGUUUCGAUGUUAAAAGAAAUGCUAAAAGACAAUAUUGUGUUGGAACUGUUACAAAAACAGAAAUUUGGGACAUCGUUUACUUGCCAAUCCCAACAUCUGCAGCAGAAAUACGUAGUUAAUACAUCAAAAACAACAUUUUUGAGGAUUUAGUACAAUGUUUCAUUGUGCAAAGAAAUAAUUAUCCGCCACUUCCACUAAUCUAACUUAAAUAUCAUUUUCAGACCACAGAAAUGCUCACAUUCUAAACAUCAGCAAUGCAGCAUAAUAAUCAUUUGUAAUGCUGAAACUUAAAUUAAUGUUUAAUGUUUAAUUUAAAAUUGACGUAAAUUUGGACAUGCAAAAUAACCUGUUGAUGCUACCAGGUUGGCUAACCUCUGUUAUUAUAAAUUCUUAAGACAUAACAUUGUUAAAUAGUUCAUAGACAAUUCACAAAUAUCUUCUUUUUAUAGGUAUUAUAAGUAAUCAUUGCAUUGCUUUCAAGUGUGUGGGAUGAAAAAAGUAUUUCCGUUAAUACUUAUUUACUGUUUUCUAAGCGCACAGCACAAACGUGCUUGUUUCACGUUAGUCAAUCUUUAUGAAAUUGUAAACAUAAGAUUGCCACUGCCGACCGUUACCGUAAAUGUUUUAUUUAAAUUAAUUUUGCUCUUAAGCUAUAAAAAAAAACACAUGUUUCUGAAUUUUAUUUUACUGUAAUAAAAUAAAAAUAAUAAUUUUGUCAAAUCAUUGUUGUGCUAGUGUUGAAUGAAGCCACAAGACUAUAACAUGUUAACUGUUGGCAAGCUUCGAUUCGACUUCGACUUUUUCGAAGCCUUGAACACCCCUAUAAAUUAUUUAACAAUUGGACCCUUUAUAUAAAUAUCAUUUAACAAAAAUUAUAAAACAACCAUACAUAGUAUAAAUAUUGAGCAUUCAUAAAUACACACAAAACACAUACAAAAAAAAAACUAAAUAGUUUCAUGAGCGAAUCUUAGGUUUCCAAUGUUUUAAAGCUUUGCAACAAACGCGAAGCUUUGUAUCACAACCUAAGCUUCAAAUAAAAUGGGAAAAAAAAAAAAAAAAAAAAAAAUCCUGGCAAAGUCAAACCGAAUAUUAAAAAUAUCUUUGGUUGAUAUGCUUAGUCGAAGCUUCCCAAAAGCCUAAAGAGUACCAGUACCUUUAUCAUGAGCAAUUAUUUUCACUUAACAGUGAAAAGCAUGACAUCAAAAGACCCAAAGACAAUUACCUGGUUUUUGAAACAAUUACUGUAGCAAUACAUAAUACUAUGGAAUGUGUACUUCAUCUUAAAAAAUAAAUCUCUGUGAUUCUGAAAUAAGCUUCAUCCGAUUAUGAAUCAACCUAAACACAGGCAUUUAGACAUUGUUCGUAGUUCACAAUUCUCUCUCCCCACCUGAGGAAACUAGUCCAGCCAGCUAAACUUCACAACCUCAAAAAAAUUUACAGUUUGUGAGUAAUUGUGUUCAUGAACUUUAUUUUUAGAUAAUAAAAGCAUGUAAAUUCUUAAACUCUCAGUUCUAGUUUGAUUUUUUAUGUUUAUACCGGUAUCAUUUUAAGUUGCUAUGUUUGCAGAAGGGAAAAUAUAAUUGAGUAAAACACACAAAUAAAACAUAAGUAGUUUAUAAUUUUUGGAAGAAAAAAGUUUAAACUAUUUCAAACAAUUUUAUUUAUCUAAAAUAAGCGUUUCUAUGUUUGUGAAUAAUAUAAUGAUUUUAUUAAAUUGACACCAUGAACUAGGUAGUGACAAUGACCAUUUCCCAUUACUUACAAGAUGGCAUGAAAAUACAUAACUGUAGAUAUUGUUUUAUAACUCCAACCGCAACCACACUAGUCUCGACAUUUUGUUUGUCGCAUUAACUAGCUGAACACUUCCACUUAUAAAGUCUAAAUUUUACGAGAUAUUACAUCUCUAAACUAAAUACGUUGCUAUUCCUUCCAAAUGUUCAUGCCUUAUGAAAUCAGCGUUCGAACCAUACAACUUUGUGCUACGGACAACACGACUUUGGUAGGAAUUGGAAUUAUGUUUACAUAGCACUUACAUCCCCUGGCUUGUGUUACAGAACUCUGCCUCUUUGCACUCAGUGCACAAAUGUAGUAAUGGAAUUUUUAACUUUGCCAAACUUUAUGAAAUAUUAUUUCUAUCCCUGUGGUGCAGCGAGUCAUGGUGUGCGUAUUUGUAUUUGUUAACCAUCAUGAUGAAAAUGCAUUUUUCUAAAAAUAGGCAAAAUAUGAUUACACAUUUCUCAACAAAUUAAUUAAAAAUACAAGUUCAAUCUCAAAAUUUGUAAAUACAUCAAGCAAAAACAAUAAGGAAAAAAUGUCAAUGUCUAAAAAAUUUAAGAGAUAAUAUUCUUAUAGAUUAUAAUUCAUUAAUUAACGAUAAUUCGAUAAAUUAUUUCUUUAUUUACACAAUAUUUUGAAAUACAAACUGAAUGUGAAUAAGUUAGAAAGAAGUGGUAAAAACCAGUAGUUUGUUUUAUUUAUAUAUAUAUAUAUAUGUGUGUGUGUGUGUGUAUUUAUAUAUAUGUGUAUAUAUAUAUGUAUGUAUAUAUAUAUAUAUAUAUAUAUAUAUAUGUGUGUGUGUGUAUAUAUAUGUAUAUAUAUGUAUAUAUAUAUAUGUAUAUAUGUAUAUAUAUAUAUGCAGGGCUCGAUUUUAGCGCCUGUCCGCCUGCCCGGGACAGGCAAAAUCUCGUCCGGGCAGGCAAAAUAAAAAAGGCAACUGUCCGGUGGACAGGUGCAACUUGUGACGCCAAGGUUAUUCGCACGCACUAAUGCAGCAGAGGUGAUUAAUAACAUUUAUGCGACCACGACCGCAAAUAAAACGUCUUUGACAAUAUCUAUAAAUAAACAAUAUUGGCUGCUCUUUUGUGACGGACGACUCUGGCUAUUGUAUACCGCGGAAAAAAAGUAGGUUAUGUACAAACCGUGCUGAAAUCUUCUGAAUCAUAAUUCUUAAAAUCUUACGUUCACGUCAUGAUUCACGUAACAUAGUCGUAUUCGUAUGCUAGAGAUGCAAAACGUCUCACACCGAUGAUGUUUGUUUUGGUUGCCAUGUUUUAAUAUUAAUUUUGUUGCAGUGCAGCCAACAAUUACGUAAUUUACCGUUGUAUACUUUCAAAAUAUAAUUUUUUUAAAUUUAUUGUCUUUAUAAAUCGUGACUUUACUAAUUCCUUGCUCUACUUUAACAUAGUUUGUUAACAGAAAAGCGUUUUCGCGUGGUUAACAUUUCACGGCAUACUCCAGAUGCAGCUGACAGUGGCCGCAGUGACUGCGACUGCUUGAAAAUUUGCCUGUCAACUGUUGCAUCAAAAAAUAAACAUUACUUGUUUACAGAGGACACGGUAAUCUUUUACAGUUUAUCUUGUCACGGCGAUUGUUUAAGUAUUUAAUUAACUGCGUUACACAAUGUGGAAAUUCAUUACAGGUGCUUUAAAACCACCAGAAAAGAAAAGAAAAACGGACGAGGACAAGUCAGAAUAUAAUGUUAAAUAUGACAAAAUCGCCCGGUCCUGUACCUUUUUAACGUCUUGGUGUUCCGAGUUUCUUUGGCUUCGUUACGACACAGAAACAAUACAAAUGUUUUGCAAAGUCUGCGAAACGCAUUCAAAAUCAUCUGGAUCAGUUUUUGUUACGGGCUGCUCAAGUCUGUAAAGACUGAAGUCUAUAAAGACAGACUGGCGAAACUGUCUAAAUGAUGAUACACUGUCUGCCCUCAUGCGUGUUCAAAUACAGUCACCUUCUGAAAGUGAGUUUGAUCCAGCACCAGCAAUAAAUUUCUGGUAUCAUAAUGUUCAGAGAAAACGUCGACCCUUUCAGCCUCCUUAUCGAAGAUGUUCAAGAGAGAAUCAGCAAAGUAAUUCGUGCAGUGACUCAGAUAGAGACUCGUCUGAAAAUGAUGAUUAAAUAAGGAUGUUAAGUGUGUGAUAAAAAUAGGUGCAAAAUAUAGCAAAAAUCCUUUUUUCUCACUUUUUCAGCGACUUUGAAAUUUUUUUUUAUUUGGGUAAAACAGCGGACAGGCAAAUUGAAUGGCGGACAGGCAAAUUUUCGAUUACACCUGUCCGUUGGGCAGGUUAAAAUAUUCCUUAAAAUCUAGCCCUGUAUAUAUGUAUAUAUAUAUAUAUGUAUAUAUAUAUGUAUAUAUAUGUGUAUAUAUAUAUAUGUAUGUAUAUGUAUGUAUAUAUGUGUAUAUAUGUGUAUAUAUAUGUGUAUAUAUAUAUAUGGAUUAACUAUCUGCACACCUGCUCCACCCCAGUCAGGAAUAAUAUUUCCAUUAGGAUCUCUCGCUUCAUCCCAGAAUGAAAGUUAACUAUAAAUGCAGUACAUGAAAAAAUUGAAAACUUCUUUGGCUGGUACCAUGAAAUGAGAUAACUUUUGUUUCCUGUGUAUGUAAGAGAAGCUACAGGGAAAUUUUUUAGAAACAGUGUUUAUGAAUUGUGAUCAUUAUGUACAUAGUAUGUAUUACAUUUUGUUUGAAACUAGUACAAAUUAGUAUAGAGAAUGUAUCAUUUAACAUUUAUGUAUUAUGUACCUAAAAUUCUUUGGUUAGUAAUGACUUGCAUUUUGAUUUUAUUAAAUCAUCCAUAUGUUAAAAAAAAGAAUAACAUUCAGUAUUACUUUUAAGUUACCUACUAUAUAUAAAAAAUGUGUUUGUUUAUUUGUUAUGUUUCUUGUUGUUGAAAUAGUUAGUGGAGAAACAUGUAAAUUCACACAGUAAUGAUGUGCUAUGUUAUGUAAACAGUGAAGAUACUCAGUAAAUUUUUCUUUAAACUA